GUUUGAUGAAUUUCGUUCCUGGACUACGGAAUUGCUGUGAUCAGACAUUCCCACUGUCCCGCACGGUCAUAUUGAGUUGGUACGUCAACGGACACGAUUGCAAAAACGUUGCAUGUUGAUACCCAUCGCCCUACUACUUAUAAAGGACACAAGUGAGUCAGGGGUGGAGGGUAUUCACUAAUUUUUGAUAUGGCUAGCAAAAAUAUCUCCAGUACAAGCUAUGCCGAUUCCAGUGGCCCACUGGUUGACACAAAGCUCCACGUGCGCUCACUGCCUGAUGGCACAGAGUUUCAAGUGAGCCGCCAUGCUAUUGAAGCAUGUGAGGUGUUCCGGAAUAUGUUUGCAUGCUGUGACCACGGUUUCGAAUUAGUGGGUGAUAACGACGAGCGUGGGCCCCAGGAAGCAGUUCUCGACUUGGAUGAAACGGAGCAUGCUUUAGCAACUUUGUUCCGCCUCAUUCAACAACCCCCCGACCCUCCCUUGAUGGAGAAUUCAGAUGGAACGAGACCUCGUUUCAAAUUUGACGCAGGCUCAGUUAUCCCGUUCCCGGUUCUUCCGUCCAUGCUUCAUCUGGCUGAUAAGUAUGGGCUCCCGGAAACAAUCACAUGUUCACUGCAUUUGCACGUGCAAGCCAAUGCUUCAACGAAUCCGCUCCCCGUGUAUGCAUAUGCCACAGCAAAUAACUUGCCGAAGAUUGCGGCAGAGGCAAGCGCCCACCUCCUACACCCCCCAUUAUCGUCAUACACCAAAGAGGAUAUACAAAUUAUUCCCACUGUCACCGCAUACCAUGAGCUUCUGAGGCUCCAUGAAUACCGGAAAUAUAAACUGCGAGAUAUCCUGCUGAAUGAGGAUAUAUUUCCGCACGGAUACGGCACUUGCCCUGUGCACAAGCAGUGGGUCACUCAGCUCUGGGAACAGAAGCGGGUGUACCUGGCCACCCAAAUCGAAGCAGCUACUGAUAUAGCGGGGGAGAUGCGUGACUUGGCUGGCCAGCUUUCGUCUUGCCCCCUGUGUCACAAAGCUUUGACAGCUGCUGUGGAUAUGCUUCAGUAUAAAUGUCGAAGAGUUGCAAGAACUGUAGAUUACGUGCCACAGGAUUACUGGCUCGAUGCAAUCUAAUAAGUAAUAAGAGGAUAUCUGGAUAACAUGUAAGGUAGCACGUGC